AUGGCUGCCCCUGGCAACCCAGAAACAACUGAAGAAGACCAGCGAUACCCCCUUGCCGAACUGUUUCCCCCGAAGUAUGAUUCGCCGUGCGCACGUUCAGUCUCGACUAUCUUAGAGUCGAGCACUGCAGGCUCGAUAUACGAUGCACUAAGGGCAACCACCGACAACGACAGCGAGACGGCAACCGGGGACCAAAGUGAUGGUAGCCCACUUGAGCGCGUGGACACCAAAAUGGCAGCGAGUGUUGCUACCUUUCACUCUGUCUCGCGGGCAAAAGGCCGCCAGUUUGGAGGCUCGGCGCCUGAUCCUCCAGUAUGCAGUACAGACGAAAUCAGCAGACCUCCCCGUGCUCAUCUGGUGGCCGAUAAACUGCGAACAGCGGGUGAGGAAGUGAAAGGAUGGUCAUUACCAGACCAUCUCUCGGAUUUCCACGAAAACAGCGAAUCCAACCCUACGAAUGGCCCUAGCGUGGCUCCUCAUUCAGUGGGCACAGCGUCGUCCCCAAAAUGGCCGGGAAAUAUCGAAUCACCUGUGAGCCCUACACUUCCGGAAUAUCCACCACCCGUUCGAGCACCCACGCCCCCAGGCCUUCCAACUUUUGGCAGCGAGGAAGCUAGAACGUAUGACUUUCGAAUAGGGGCUCAGCAUCCAGUUCCAAAUCGUAGCGAGUCGUUGCUACGCAGACUGUUCCAACGAGUUCCUCCCACUCCCGCACCUUCCCUGGUCGAUCGACAACCACGUACUCGAGUUUUCGCAGAAGACGGCACUGCUAUUCUAGGAAGCUUUCCGCAACGGCAAAGUGGUCAUGGUACGAAUAUACUGAAGGGAACAGAUAGCCACCCAUUCCAUCAGGGAAACCUGCCUCUCGCUCAGUGCGACGGAGCAAGCACAGGACAAAACGACGCGGUAUCUGAAGGGCCAGCCCCUCCUGAUGCUUCUCCGUCAGACGACUACAGCACAGAAGACGAAGCUAAUUUGCGCUGGUUGGAGAAUAUGACCCGAUUACAAGCUCCCGAAUCUUCAGCUCCACCUGGUGGUAUGCUGAAUUCCUCAUUACUAAAUCAAGGUUCCCCUCCUAAGAGGGUCGAGUCUUAUCAGACCUGCGUUUCUCGAGUACCAGAAUCCACAUGGCGAUUCAUCAGGCAGGGCCUCUCAAACCUUUCAGAGUCAUUAUACCUUGCACCGACACAGUCACAACCUGUGGCCAGAACCGAUCCGCGAGGAACAAGCACGGCUCAGACAAACAAUCUCGAGACUGAGCCACCGGAUCUUUGGAAGCUUGUCAAAAAGCGAGCAAAGUCCACACUCUGUUGCUGCCGCGGAUCAGAGGAGUCAGGAGAGCUCAAUCCAUCAGACGCUGCAAAUGCGGACACGACGAUGAACACGACCACGCAGGAGACAUAUGUAACUGCGCGUGGGCAGAAUUCUAACGAGUCUCAGCAGAAUAUGCCAAAUACUGCCACUGGAGGUCCUACUGGUCCAUAA